UACAGGUGAUUUGAGUAUCAUCGAAAUCAAAAUGUUUUCGGGAACAGUGAAACCAUCUAAACCACAAACAUUGACCGGAGCGACUCAAAUAUUUUGGAUUAAAGUCAUUUGAACGCAAGUUUCGGGUUUUUCUUCAUUUUACUUAGAAACAACUUGCGGAAACUACAAGCUUCCUCUCAAAUGGAACUGGGUGCCACUUGCUCUCGGAGGAGAGAGUCCCGAAAAUAGAAAGAAGCGACUCCAGCGGCGAGCGUGUCCAUGUGUCGGUGUGGUCAGGUUCCGAGGCUCCGGACAAGCUUUACGCGUACGCUACUGCUGUCCCUACUGCCACCCCUGACAAUUGAGGGGCUAGAUCCGAAAUUUUUGCCUCGCUCACUCGAAUAGGAUUUUGAUAUUUAUUGUUCCUAUGACGCGGGCUUUCUCCGUCGCCAACGAUACCGCUGGCUCCGGUGAAGCGGCCGCGGCCCGCCGGGAACCCAGCAAGCGGAUCGCAACGCUUCCAUUAUGUCGGAGUGGCAGACCCAGAAGGAGGGCGGCGUGAGUGGGAGCCGGGCCUGCCCGGAUUCUCUUGGACUCAGUCGGAAAGAGCUGGUCCUGGCUGAGGCCUUGCAGAUGGAGUACGACGCCCUCUCCAGGCUCAAGCAGAACCAAAAGGCCCCCGCCGGGGAGCGGGCUCUGUCCGACUCCUCCCUAACCCUCCCUGCCGUCUACAUCCCGGAUGGCCCCGAACUGAACGAGCGCAGCCCCCCCGACGCCGAGACCCUUCCCAGCGGCAUCCAAACAUUUCCUGACAAUACCUCCCCCGCCGUGCCCCCGCGCAACCUCAUCCCACCAUUGCCGCCACGACGGGGCUCAGAGAAUCCCUGGUUGCCGGGUAGAGCGCCUGACACGGGGCUGCACAAAGUCCCUCCGGGCGAGCCGGACUGCGAUGCCGUCGACGACCCACCUGGGAAGUCCGUGGCGCAGAACCACACCCUCCCCCCUCAAGUCCCGCCCAGGACCUACUUACCCACCGCCAAAAGCGACAAGAACCGGCGCCGAGCGUCGGCGGAGCCGGUGGCGUCGGGCUUACGGACCAGCGGCUUCGGCUACCAACUCUUUCAGGUGUUGGAGGAACGCGACGAGGAGGUGGCAGCGUUCUGCCACAUGCUGGACGUGCUGCGUUUGGCGUACCCGCAUUGCAAGCGCUCCACCAACGCCGGCUUGGUCUGGUCUCCGCGGGCCGGCCCGGAAGAGACCCGCUGCGGCCCGUAUCCUGCCAUCAAGGUGACGGUCAUCAGCGCUCACUUUGAGGAGCCGCUCAUCUUUACUUGUGAUGGCUCCUCCACGGCGGACCUGAUCAUCUACCAGAUGCUGUGCUACACUCAUGAGGACCUGAACCACCUGGACGUGAACGACUACCUGCUGAGGGUGUGCGGAUACGACGAGUACCUCCAAAACAUGUGUGUUUGUGUGCGUGCGUGUGGCAGCUGUCAGACUUUGGCAGGUUCAGAGUAUGUGCAACAAUGUUUGAAGUUGGACCGGGAUGUUCGACUAGUCCUCACUCGGCGAGAUGGUAUCGACACGGAGCUGGCACGCACGAAGGACGAUGACGAGCUGGCGUCCGCGUUGAACCACGGCAUCCUGCUGCAGGAGCGACCCAUCAAGCAGACGCUCACCAGGGAGGCUCUGACGGUGCUGCUGGACACCUUCCACAACGAGGCCGAGUCCUUCACGCUGGCUGAGGCGGAGCCGGCGCCGCCGCGCGUGGAGCGGCUGGUCCAGUCGGUGAAGGCGCUGUGCAGCUCGCUAGCAGGCGUGGAGACGCCGGAGGUGACGGUGGCACUCGGACGGCUGCCUCCUCGUCCCUGUCGCCUGCAGCCCAAAGUCCUCAAGGAUGCCUCGGCGCUGUGCGUCCAGGAGAACCGAAGUAAGUUCGCUUGUUCGCGUCCCUCCCGCCGCUCGUCCUCACAAUAUCCUGUCCGCUCCGCUUGCCGUCUCACAGAGAAUCUGGUGGAGAGGCUGACAGCAGCCAUCUUGGACCUGGUGGACCUGUACUGCGCCACUUUCAACGCCGACUUCCACACGGCGCCACACAACCGCCCCGGCGCCAUGCCCAUCCAGGAGGCGGGACGCACAGCCACCGUGCUCUCCUUCAAUGUCUACGCCGCGCACCGCCUGCCCGUCACCUGGGCUGCCAGUUACGAGAGCUACUUCCUGUCAUGCGCGCUGAGUCACGGAGGGGUGGAGCUCUGCGCCCCCCAGCACACCAGCAAGCAGAUGGUCAACAAAUACCUCUUCCACCUGGUGGUGUGGGACCAGAGAGUGACCUUCCCGGUGCAGAUCAGCCAGCUUCCCCGGGAGACACAGCUGACGGUGACGCUGUAUGCCAGCUCGCUGCUGCCCCCCGGCAGCUCAGAGGAGAAGGGCAGGCAGCGGCGUGGCGCCGAGGCCCUGGGCUGGGUAACCCUGCCACUCUUUGACUUUAGGCACGUGCUGAUGCGCGGCAGGAAGCUGCUGGGCCUUUGGCCUUCUGCAGCGGGGAGCAGCAUUAACGCCCGCUCUGGCUCGCCCAACUUGAGCCAGCUGGACAGCGUCAUCCUGCAGGUGGACUUCCCAUCGCCGCCCUUCCAGGUUGUCUUCGGAAUGCCGCCCGCCACCGAUUUCUGCCCUCGAUACGACUUCUCCCAACUGGACGCCGAGAGCCAGGUGGUGCUGCGCAACAUCCUCCACAAGAAGGCCUUCUUCUGGCUGACGGCGGAGGACAAGCGCGCCGUGUGGGAGAAGAAGGCCUUCCUCCAGGCGGAGAGCAGCCCGCUUCCACUGGUGCUGGCCAGCGCCCCCUGCUGGCAGUGGGCCUGCCUGCCAGAGCUCUAUGCACUGCUGAAACAGUGGGCCUGCCCGGGCCACCUGGACGCACUGGGCCUGCUCCACGACUCGUUCCCGGACCAGGAGCUUCGCAGGACGGCCGUCAAGUGGAUGGACGCGAUCUCCGAGCCGGAGCUGGUUGACUUCCUGCCUCAACUCGUACAGGCGGUGAAGUAUGAGUGCUACCUGGACAGCUCGCUGGUGCGCUUCCUGCUGCGGCGUGCCAUCCAAGACCUGAGUGUCACUCAGCAGCUUUUCUGGCUGCUGAAGGACAACCUGCAAGAUAGCCAGUUCCGCGCUCGCUAUCAACACCUGCUGGCUGCCCUGCUGUGCUGCGCGGGCCGCGGCGUCCGAGAGCAGCUGGACCGCCAGUGCUGGAUGGUGUCCAUCCUCACUAAGGUUGCCCAAAGCGUCCGGGACGCCGCGUCUGCCGCCAGACAGGCGGCGCUGCGGGACGCUCUGGAGGAGAUGAAGAGCUUCUUCUCCAUCAACGGCAGCUGCCGACUUCCCCUCAACCCGGCACUGCGGGUGCGGGGGAUCUGUAUCCCGGCGUGCUCCUUCUUCAACUCCAACACCGUCCCACUCAAGUUGACCUUCUGCAACUUCGACCCACUCGGCGACGCCAUCAGCGUCAUCUUCAAAGUCAGACCGCCUGUCUCAGGCGAUGACCUGCGUCAGGACAUGCUGACGCUGCAGGUGAUCCGCAUCAUGAACAGGAUCUGGCUCCAGGAGGGUCUGGACAUGAGGAUGGUCAUCUUCAAGUGCUUGUCCACAGGGCGGGGCCGCGGCAUGGUGGAGAUGAUCCCUCAGGCCGAGACGCUGCGCAAGAUCCAGGUGGAGCACGGCGUGACGGGAUCCUUCAAAGACCGACCGCUGGCUGACUGGCUUCAGAAGCACAACCCUGCCGAAGAGCAGUACGACAAGGCGGUGGAGAACUUCAUCUACUCGUGCGCGGGCUGCUGCGUGGCCACGUACGUGCUCGGAAUCUGCGACCGGCACAACGACAACAUCAUGCUGAAGACCAGCGGCCACAUGUUCCACAUCGACUUUGGCAGGUUCCUGGGACACGCGCAGAUGUUUGGCAAUAUCAAGCGGGACCGCGCACCGUUCGUCUUCACGUCCGACAUGGCUUACGUCAUCAACGGCGGGGACAAACCGUCCAGUCGCUUUCACGACUUUGUGGACCUUUGCUGCGAGGCCUACAACAUCAUCCGCAAGCACGCGCACCUCUUCGUCAACCUGCUCGGCCUGAUGCUGUCAUGCGGAAUUCCCGAAUUGUCCGACGUCGAUGAUCUCAAGUACGUCUACGAUGCUCUGAGGCCUCAUGAGUCGGAGGCGGACGCCACCAUGUACUUCACCAGGUUGAUCGAGACGAGCCUGGGCAGCGUGGCGACCAAGCUGAACUUCUUCAUCCACAACCUGGCGCAGAUGAAGUUCGCGUGUGGCGAGGACGUCCCGUCGCUGUCGUUCGCCCCUCGCGUGCACACGGCUCAGAGCGACCGCGUCAUCCAAAGUCUCUACGUGUGCGCGCACGGCAGCGGCCAUGGGAAAGCUCACACCUACGCGGUGAAGGUGGAGCGUGAUGGCCAGCAGGAAGCGCAAUUGGUGCAGCGGACCUUUGAGGAGUUUCAGGAACUUCACAGCAAACUCAGGCUCCUGUUCCCCUCCUCCAAGCUUCCCAGCUUCCCCGGCCGCCUGGCGAUGGGCCGUUCCCGCGGCGAGGGGGCGGCGGAGCGGCGCAAAGACGAGCUGAACGGUUACGUGCGGCAGCUCCUCCACGCCGUGCAGGACGUCGCACAGUGUGAUCUGGUGUACACGUUCUUCCACCCCCUACCCAGAGACGAGCUACCAGGACCAAGCAGCAGCAGCAAAACAGAAAUGCCGUGGAGUCCGUCUGGCAAAGAUUUGGGCGAGGUCAAACUGUCCAUCUGCUACCGCAACGAGAAACUCUUCAUCAUGGUCAUGCACAUCCGAGGCCUGCAGCCGCUUCAGGACGGUACUGACCCUGACCCGUACGUAAAACUCUACCUCCUGCCAGACCCACAAAAGACCAGCAAGAGGAAGACAAAGGCGGCGCGACGCACCUGCAACCCAACCUAUAACGAGAUGUUGGUGUACGAGCGCAUCCCGCAUGGCGACCUGCAGCGGCGCCAGGUGCAUGUGCGCGUGCUGGCUGAUGGCACCUUCUGGGACAACACGCUGUUGGGCGAGGCCUUAGUGCCACUCGGGGCGCUGGUUCCGGGUCAGCGCUGGCUCCACUGGCACCCAUUGGCGCCGGUGCCACAAUGAGCACCGCGCGUCCACCGCAGAAAAAACGGGAGCGCGUAUGGAAAAACCCUUUUGGCAUCAACCCCACCUCCGACUCGUCAGCGAGCGAGCGCGCGCGCUUAUAACUUUGCUCUACUGCAGAGGCGUAGCCGAGCCGGGGCGGCGCCCCGGUUAGGACUCCCUGCGCCCCGGUUGAAAAAAAUCGAGCUUUUUCGAUUCUUCAUUUUCAUGCCGUUUUUUUCUUUCGGUCUUGCGCAAAUGUGCUUGCGCUAUUCUAUGUGCGCGAUGUUAUCCAUUCACCGUUUGCCUCCCGUACCCGGAUGUUGUUUUAGCGAUCAGCGAACGGCGUGGGUGAUGUUCGGUUUUUUUUCCUGUGGGCGUGCGCCCCUACUGGAAAAAUUCCUCGCUACGCCUCUGACUAAGUAUACUAGUAGGGUAUUCAACUAAUCACUUGAAUCGUCGAACUCAAAACACCUGCAAGGGCUUCCUGAGCCUUGAUAAACACACAAAGCUUAGUUCAGUAAACUAAAUCACAAGUAUGGAGAAGACUGCUGAUCUGACUGCUGUCCAGAGGACCAUCAUUGACACCCUCCAUCAGGAGGGUAAGACACAAAAAUACAUUUCUCUAAGAGCAAACUGUUAACAGAGUGCAGUUUCAAAGCACAUCCACAAAACGUUUGUUGGAAGGGGAAAAUGUGGCAGGAAACACUGCACAACCAAGAGAGAUGAGUGCAGCCUUAACAGCAUUGUGAAGAAGAGUUGCUUCCAGAAUUUGGGGGAGCUUCAAAGACAGUGGACUGUACAUGUAUUACUGUAUUAUGUUUGAGGCAGUUCAACAAAAUCCCGGACGAUUUUUGAAAUUGGAGUCCAGGUAUCAAAAGCCACUGUUCACAGACGUGUCCGGGAAAUGGGCUACAAUAGCCUUAUUCCCAUGGUCAAGCCACUUCUGAACUCAAGACAACGGAAGAAGCAUCUGACAUUGGCCUAUGGAGAAGAAGCAGUGGACAGUUCCAGAGUGGUCCAAAGUCGUCUUUUCAGACAAAAGCAAGUUUUGUAUUUCAUUUGGAAGUCAAGGCGCCAGAGUCUGGAGAAAAGGCUGGAGAGGAGCAAAAUCCAAGUUGCUUGAAAUCCAGUGUGAAGUUCCCACAGUCAGGGAUGGUUUGGGGAGCCAUGUCAGCUGCUGGUUUUGGUCCACUGUGUUUCAUCAAGUCCAGAGUAAAUGCAGAUUUUUUAGCACUACAUGCUUCCGUCUGCUGAAAAGCUCUAUGGAGAUGAUGAUUUCAUUUUCCAGCAUGAUCUGUCACCUGCCCACAGUGCCAAAACCACCAGUAGAUGGUGUACCGACCAUGGCAUUACUGUCCUCGAUUGGCCUGCCAAUUCCCCUGACCUGAACCCCGUAAUUUGUGGGGUAUUGUGAAGAAGAAGCUGAAAGACACCAGACCCAACAAUGCAAAUGAGCUAAAGGCAGCUAUUGAAGCAUCCUGGGGAUCCGUAACACCUCAGCAAUGUCACAGGUUGAUUGACUCCAUGCCACACCGCAUUGGUUGCAGUAAACCGUGCAAAAGGAUUCCCAACCAAGUAAGCAUUAAUGGACAAUGUUUGAUUUUGUUUUGCUGUUUUAAAUUUUUUUUUUUACUUGGUCUGAGGAAAUAUUCGAAUAUUUUGAGAUAGGAUAGUUGAGUUUUCUUAAGCUGUAUGCCAUAAUCAGCAAUAUUAAAAUAAUAAAAGGCUUGCAAUAUUUCAGUUGAUUUGUAAUGACUCCAGAAUGUAUGACAUUUUUGUUUUUUUAAUUACAUUAGAGAAAAUAAAGAACUUUAUCACAAUA